UCCCACUAUCAAGAACAAUGAUUUCUUCCAGUGGUUUUUAUUGCCUUCUGCUGAAAACGUGCUAAUAAGUAUUAGAUACAGGUAAUUAGAUACCAGUUAGCUGUACUACGUACAGUUGGUGAUUGUAAACAUGGUCUUUGUUGGAACUAGUCCACCAUGGCCACGCUGGCCCAGGCUUGUAAACAUUCGACACUUUUCACUGCCUUCGUUUCGUUGUCGCGGUCGGGUGUCAGCUUGCUUUAUUUCAUUCGAACGCGACCGCUACCUCUUACACACAACACAAGCGGCAGAACAAAGAUCAAUAAACAAAAAAGUGGAUCAAAUCAACGUAGUCUGACACGAUGACAUUAGUAUAAUUCCAGCUUUUCGCAAGAUUUCAGCCAAUUUUGAUUAAAAUUGGUAUAAUAUUAGUAUAAUAUUAGUCACCUUCCAUCAAACUAGACGGCUGCCGACUGAUACCUCAAUCAACAACCGCCGCACUCUUUAUUCAUUCCAGGUAUAUACAAUUUACAAUCUUCUUCAAUAACAAUAUACCUACGCCAGCAAAUCUACCUCGCUCCAACUCUCCAAACUCGUACCUGACGAUACCUGAGCGUUCAACUCUACCUAUCUUCCAGCAGUCUUUACCCAGCAUUCUAUGAUUUAUACCCGUGAGCUGUAUAAUAAUGUCUGACUCGGUUCUGAAUUCAUCCAGUAUCUACUAGGGAAAACCAAACAGUAAAUGCAGAAAGGUUGCUAGAAACAUAGUGAUUUCAUAGUAAUUUCAGCUAAUAAUCCAGUGUUUUUGAACUAGAUCCAGUGUUGUUUGAUAACAUAAUAAUUGUAAAGGAAAGUGUAACACGUUUUGGUGCAAAGAUUACAAAAUGAGUAAAAUCAGAUGUAUUCGUCCAUUCAAAGACAUUCAGUGUUCGAAAGAGCUGCGAUAUCUCACGGAUGGUAUCAUCCAAAAACUAAAGUCAAUUGGAUUUUCCAAGGUAUCCACACUGAACACCAAGGAUUUUCGUAUUUGUUCGUCUUGCCGUCUACAUAUUGAUUCAAGAGCUCACCUCACCCAAAACGAAGAACAAAGCGUAGCCGGUGGCUCAAGGAUGCCAACUGUUCAGACCAUACCUGUUGUACCUGAUUCGCAAAGCUAUGAAAGUUUGAUCACGAUACCAUCAGCGUCAACGCUAAGCACAAUUCAAUCAAAUGAAGACUUCACGAUGCCUGUAGACGUCGAAAUAUUCAACCGAGGAAUAGCAGCUAUUCGUGUUUCGCCUAUAGAUUUAGGUAAGGUUAAAAAUGUUCACUAUCCUGAAAAAAAGUGCGCUGAAAUCGUCGAAGGUGUACGAAGAAAUCUUUUUAAAUUAGACGCUAAAACAGAAAAAGCAAACGAGUUUAAUGAAGUCAUAGAAAAUAUGAAAAUUAAAUUUUUAAAUUCAGCCACAAGGCAAGAAAAACUAUCAAUUUUAUCAUUGUUACCAAAAUCAUGGUCAGUACAAAAAAUUGUAGACGAAUUUAAAACUAGUAGAAAUAUGGCAUCAGAUGCAAGAAAGGAAAAAAAUAAUGUAUUAGAUUCAUCUCAAGGUUCAAGCUCUGGAAAAGCUUUGAGUAAUGAAACAAAAGAACUGGUUUUGAAUUUUUUUGAGGACGAUGAUAUAAGCCGUGCAAUGCCAGGCCAAAGAGAUUUUGUUAGCGUAAAGACAGGAAAUAAGAGAUUAGCUGUUCAGAAAAGAUUGUUAAUGAUGACAUUAAGAGAAGCUUUUAAUCGCUUUAAUGAAGUGUACGUCAAUGUAAAAAUAGGGUUUUCAUCAUUUGCAAGCCUCCGGCCAAGGCAAUGUAAACUAUUGACUAUCACAGGAACACAUAAUGUUUGCGUUUGCACUACGCAUGAAAAUGUCAAUUUAAUUCUACAUAGCUUAAAAAAAUACAAUGUCUUGAAUGAUCUAAAAACAUUAACGCAUAGAUUACUUUGCGAAAAUAAGACAACUCAUUGCCAUCUACGAAGAUGUAAAAACUGCCCAGAUACCUCAGUUUUAGAAGACAGUUUAUUGAAACAACUGGAAGAAAACUUUGUUGAAAAGCUUUCAUUCGAACAAUGGGUUACCACUGACAGAUGUGAUUUAGAAACUAUUGUAAAGCAAACCGAUGACUUUGUUACAUUUUUCAGCUCAAAAUUAGAAAGUUUGAUUCCGCAUGAUUUUGUAAAAACCGAACAAUCCAAUUUUUUGAAAACUACAAAACAAAACUUGCAAGAUGGUGAAUUUUUGGCUAUUUGUGACUUUUCUGAAAAUUACAGCUUCGUUUUGCAGGAUGAAGUUCAAUCACACCAUUGGAACGUGCAACAUGCCACAAUCCAUCCUUUCGUAAUAUAUUAUACUGAAAAUAGGCAAAUUAAACAUUUUAGCUUCAUUAUAAUUUCAGAAGAACUAAGACAUGAUUCAGUCGCUGUUAAUUUGUUUAUUGAUAAAAUGAUGAACUUUUUACAAAUUGAUCAAAAUAAAAACAUGAAAAAAAAAAAAAUUUAUGUCAGAUGGUGCUGCUUCACAGUAUAACAACCGAAAAAACUUUUCUAGCCUUUGUAAGUUUAAGUCAAAGUAUGGUAUUGACGCUGAAUGGCAUUUCUUCGCAACAUCGCACGGAAAAGGUCCAUGCGAUGCUAUUGGAGGUACGAUAAAACGCAUGGCUACCAGAGCAAGUUUAGCCAAAGAACGCGAACACCCGAUAAAGACUGCAAGAGAGUUGUUUAAUUGGGCAAACAAACGAAAAGAAGAAGAACUUACAAAGUUGUCAUUUUGUUAUUCUACUACAGAAGAAUACGAAAAUAUGUCUUUGCAGCUAAAUAAUCAAUAUAAUAAUGCAAAAACAAUUCAAGGAACUCAAAAAUUCCACUCAUUUCUUCCUCUAUCAGAAAAUACAAUAAAGGCAAAGCUUUAUUCAAACUGCCCUGACAAUGAUGCCAAAAUAUUCGAUAUUGUUAAGAAAGUUGUGUAAACAAUAA